AUGGAAGGAUUUAAAAUCCCACUUGCACCAAAAUUUUUCGAUACUUCAGUUAAGCAUCCAGGCGAACCUUUUGAUUGGGUUUUAAUGGACUACAUUCCAGGCGUCACAUUAGAGAGUUUAUUAAGGAAUCAUAAGCGUAUUAGACUCCUAUACAUCCUUGAAAUAAUUACAGCUCUUAACCUCCAACUGAAAAAGAUGGGAGAGAAAGGAAUCAAACAUCGUGACUUGAAACCAGGCAAUAUCGUUAUCGACGCAGACUUUGUACCUCAUAUUCUUGAUUGGGAUGAUGUAACAACAGGAGUUUCAAUGACACAAAGCCCUUACCACGGAACAAUUCGUUUUGCAGCUCCAGAAAUUUUUGAAAUGAAAAAAGAAUGCGCAUCCGACAUUUUCUCAUUCGGAGGCAUCAUUUUCAACAUGCUGACAGGCAAAGCUCCUUUCGAUGAUGUCUACAACAAUCUCGAUUACAUAUUUCAUUUUAUUCCUGAAGAAUAUGAUGUAGAAGAUGUUGAUGAACAAGAAGAAGAUGAAUAUGAACAAGAAGAUGAUGAAGAUAAAGAAAAAAAAGUUAAAAAGAUUAAUAAGAAAAACAAAAAGAGGAGUUGA